UAAACAUCAAUACUACAAGAUCAUAAACUGAACCUACUGCUGUAGCUUUGUUGAAUUGAACUUGUCAAACAUGCCUAACGUCGACCUUGCUGUAGUUGGGAAGAACUUGUUGAAGAGCUCUGAUACUGGAGAGAAUGUAGAGCUCCAGUCUUUAUGGCAGGACCAGCCGGUGGUGUUCUUCUUCCUGCGCAGGUUUGGCUGUCAGGUGUGUCGAUGGAUGGCAUCAGAGGUCAGCAAACUAGAGCCAGACCUGAAAGCAAGUGGUGUAGCGUUGGUGGGAGUUGGACCAGAGGAGAUUGGGCUGAAGGAAUUUCAAGAAGCAGGGUUUUUUAAAGGAUCCCUUUAUGUUGACCAACAAAAGAAAAGCUACAAGGAUCUGGGCUUCAAAAGGUACUCAGCCAUAACUGUUGUACCUGCUGCAUUGGGGAAGAAAGUACGAGAUGUAGCCGCAAAGGCCAACGCUGAAGGUAUCCAGGGAAACUUCUCAGGAGAUCUGCUCCAGAGUGGAGGCAUGCUCAUUGUAGCUAAAGGUGGAGAAAAGGUCCUACUACACUUCAUCCAGGAUUCACCAGGAGACCACACACCUUUGGAGGACAUUUCUAAUGCUUUGGGCAUCUCAACAAAAGUACAAGCUGGACAGAGGCCAGUGUGCAAUGAUGAUGUUUGUACACGAUGAUGACGGCGCUGCCAACGCUACCUGAUGGACAUCUACACUUCGAGAAGUUAAAACAGAUUUUAAGAUGCAGAUUAUCAUUAAAAUGUUGUACUAAACAUAAAACUACUGACAAUGUACUGAAUUGGUGUUUAAU